AGCUGCUGAUAAUUCAUCGAUUAAGAGUCCUGGUUGCCCUGCAUGUUUUAUUCACUACAAACUCUGAAGAAAACACAACCAUAAACCUGGACUUGCACCAAACUGCACUUUGUAGUUUUAUAUAUUUUACUUGCACAGACUUGUAGUUUAUAUUUUGUUGGGUUUUACAUUUCGUUGUGUCUUAUUAAGUGUCAAGUCUUUUGUUGUGUCUUAUUUAAGGGUUAAGUCUUUUGUUGUGUCUUAUUUAAGUGUCAAGUCUUUCGUUAUGUCUUAUUUAAGCGUUAAGUCUUUCGUUAUUUUUAUUUAUUUAUUAUUUUAUUGUGUACCUCAAGCCGGGAGUCUCUGCAAAAAUGUCAUCAUGUCCUCAUAAUGACAAUAACAAUUCUUGAAUCUUGAAUUCAGAAACAACAUGCCUGCAUAGUAGUAUUACUUGGAUUGUUUUUAUUCUGACAUUGCUGGAGCUGAAACCAAAACAGUUUGCAGAAAUAAUUUGCAGUGAAAGUGGACAGGCACCUUUUAACAGAUGAGGCUAAUGAAAUUCCACAGUUGUCCAUCCCAUAAUGAGACAGUUUUACCCUGAGGUCCCCACCCUCACACCCGCCGCCCAGGGUCGCCCCGCCUCCCCCUUAAGCGACGCUUUUUUUGUUUUUUUUCUCGAGGGUGGUCAUUAGCGCGUAGAGGAAGGGGAGGAGAAGGAGGACGGCUCUGCUUUUUUACACCUCUUCUGUGUGCCGAGAGCCGCCGUCUCACUUCAACACCGGCCACGGAGCGCACCGCGGCAGCACACCCUCUUUUUUCUAUUUCCAAGAAAAGUGCCAAGAUUCGUGAAUUUUCCCCUGAAACAACAGUUUUCCGUGUCCUCUCCAGCGCGGAGAAACAAGUUUAACGCCCAACCGCCGCCGCCGUUGCUGCUGCUGCUCAGGAGACGCCGUGUCCGGUGUUUCACGCUCUCAUCAUCAUCAUCAUCGCUUCGCCUCCGCUGUCUUUAGUUUAAUUUCCUGUCUCCGUGGUAGUGAAGUAACCACUUAAGUGAAUUAAUUUCUUUUGGUUGGGUACAGCACACCCACACAACCAACCGGCACCAUGACGCGGAGAUCCUGUGCCAUUUACUGCACCGGCAUCGUGUGCGCUCACCUCCUGAUUGUGGGAAUCGCCCUGGUCGUGGCUCAAGUCUUCCAAACAAUGAUACACAGCCGACUGAAAAAGGAAAUCACUUUGACGGAGAAGAGCCAAGUGUUUGAGGCGUGGAAGAAUCCACCACCACCUGUUUAUAUGGAGUAUUACUUCUUCAAUGUGACCAAUCCAGGGGUGUUCUUGGCCGGUGGGAAGGCAGCUGUUAAACAGAUCGGACCCUAUACUUACAGGGAAUACAGGCCGAGAGAAAAUGUGACUUUCUUGGAGAAUGGCACCAAGAUUUAUGCCUUGAACCCUAAAAGUUUUGUCUUUGUGCCUGAGAAGUCCGCUGGCAAUCCCGAGGUGGACAUCCUCACCACUGUCAACAUCCCUUAUGUGGCGGUAAUGGAUCAGCUGAACUCGUACUCCUUCUUCCUGCGAACCUUUGUGUCCAUCUACAUGAACAGUUUGGGAGUUGAACUGUUUAUUAACCGCACCGUCCAUGAGAUUCUGUGGGGAUUCAAAGACCCACUCCUCACAAAGGUCCACUCCAUGAAGCCUGAAGUGGACGAAUAUUUUGGGCUAAUGUGGAAGAAAAAUGGCACUCAUGAAGGAGAGUUUGUGUUCCACACCGGCGAGGAGAACUACCUGGACUAUGGCAAGAUUGACACAUGGAAUGGCCUGAGGCAGAUGUCCUGGUGGUCCUCCAAUCAGAGUAACAUGAUCAAUGGCACGGACGGCGCCGUCUUCCAUCCUCUAAUAAACAGGAAUGAGUUGCUCUACAUCUUCGCUGCUGAUCUCUGCAGGUCUAUCCAUUUAGGCUAUGUGAAAGAUGUGGACGUGAAAGGCAUCACAGCGUACCGCUUUGCACCCCCCAGCGAUGUCCUCAUGAGCCCCAAGGACAACCCCGCUAACGCGGGCUUCUGUGUGCCAGCUCGCGACUGUCUCGGCACCGGUGUGCUUAAAGUCAGCGUUUGUCGUGAAGGCGCUCCCAUCGUGGUGUCUUUCCCACAUUUUUAUCAAGCGGACCCUGCCUACAUCAAUGCGGUUGAUGGACUCAACCCCAACAAGGAGGAGCACGAGACUUACCUCGACCUGCAACCGACUACUGGAGUGCCCAUUCGUGCCUGCAAGCGUGCCCAGCUCAAUGUAAUUCUGAAAAGAGUUAAAGGUUUCCCCAAGACCAGAUUUCUCAAUGAUACCAUUUUCCCCAUCAUGUUCGUCAAUGAGACGGCGACUAUUGAUGAUGAAUCAGCUUCCCAGAUGAGGACACUGCUCCUCAUUGUGACCCUUGUGUCAAACUUCCCCUUGCUCAUUGUGGGUAUGGGCAUCAUCCUUCUGCUCGUGCUUGUUGUCUUGUUCUGCCGAAACCGCCAGAAGAAGAAUGAAGUAAAACGUAUUGAUUUUACUGAAGCUUUUCAUUCUUUUGCUACGGCAAAAGAGGACACGGCCUACACUCAGGUCAGCAACAAACCAGAGCAGCCGCCAGAAACGCAGGCCAGCAAGCCAGCGAAGAACGGCUCCUACAUUGCCAUGUCUCCAGUGGAGGCUGAGAAGUGUUGAUCAAGGAUCUCUGCCCCAAGAAUGGAGCUUAGGAAGGGGGCUGAGGGAGCAGUACAUGGGUGUUACAUUUCCACGGGUGGGGGGUUUACACACACACACACACUAACAUUGUGGGGGUCCCUUUUCACAUAUUGUGUGGGGUGGGGAGGAUGGGGAAAAGGGGGCGGGGCAAACCCCCCUGUAUACGUUUAGUCAGCAAAGACAUUGCUCCUCUCACUGAGCUCCUUAUGACUGUCUCCUCGUCUCUUCUACCUGCUGAGCAUGGCCCUCGCUGCCUGCUGUACUGCAACACAACAAACUCCUACACCUUUAUUCCUCAUAUCUGUCCUGGUCGCCCGUGAAAGAUGAGAGGACUCUGGUUGGGCUCGACCAGGACAAGCCUUUUUCCAUUAUUCUUCUGAGGGAACACGGUAGCGUAGAGGCAUCAUGGCUGCACAAGGAUGCAUGUAGAGGGUGUCGUAUUCUUGCUCUUUCCUCUCCAUCAGUAUUGCGUGUGGGGAAAAUCCAAGCCAACAGAUAUAAAAAUAAUCCCAUGUCAACUGAAUCAUUUGGACAAAACUGUGAGCUUCUGCGCUCGGAGGAUGAAAUGGUUUUGCUAAUAACCUCAACUUAGCAUAUCCUUUUUCUGGGAAAAAAAAGAAAGAAAGAAAAACAACUAACUGAGCCAAACUAUUUAUAGCAAUUUUUUGCCUUUUGUUCCUAUGAUGAGUAAGUGUGCGCGCAUACUGCACUUCCAAGGAUCGGUGAAAGUGUGUGCUCUUUUAUCUCUUACUUCAUUGUCCUGUUUUGAUGGACAAUGACUAAAUGGUUUUUUUUCUCGAUGCAGGCGCAACGUCGUCCGGCCACUGAGAUACUUGUGAUUUUGACCCCACCCUUUCUGUUCCUUUGUCGGCAUCAACCUUUUCCCUCUAAACAUUGCUUUAAGAAAUGAAGGGGAUUAGUAGCUAAAUGUGACAUUGUUGGGAUUACCGACGGUGGCCCCGUAACAUUGAACAUUCACGUUUAGCCACAGAACGUGUAAGGGAGACUCCAACUCGCUCUUUGCCUUAGAAUGGUUCAGCGUGUUCUUUAUAUUCUUACAUUGUUCAAAUAAGCUGGAAAUCUCUUGAUAUUGUACAUGUGUAAAGGGGAAUUGUUGCGAUACCUCUGACCAAACUCCAGCAAGCGGUCCUUCUAGUUUUGCAGAUAGACGCCAACUUUUGCUGUGGCGUUGAACAUCUACACUGUUACAUAUUAGACAAAGCACAAUUUGGAUUGCUGAUAACCAGUCCUUACACAAGGCUACCAGGUUUUUUUGGGGUCCUAGUAGUAUAUAUAUAUAUAGACAUAUAUAUAUAUUUACAUCUCAUUUGUCAAAGACACUGUCAAGUGCUGUAACUAUAAAAAAGAAAAGUGGAAUCACUUGGUGUCGAAGGACCCCCGUUCACCCCCUCCAUGCAGUUGAUCAGUUUGCUAAGGAACUGAAGGCUUUUAGGCGAACGCAGCAAACGGCACUUGAAUCACUGUUUGUCUUACAUUUCCUGUCGUCCUUUCAUUUUUCUGUCCUCCGCGUGUCAAAUCCGUUGGCCUCCAUCAACGGGAAGUGAACUUCAGGCCAUAAUCCUGUCAACGUGGCAAAAUUUCCUGCUCUUUGCCUGCAAAUUGUGCCGUUUCUUCUUUUUUUUCUGUCUCUGUCAUUUCAAUGCAGGUGGUCCUUAUGUUCAUUACAUUUCAACGGUUUGUUUGGGCUAGUUUUGGUUUUGAUGACGUUGUCAACGGAACGACGGACGUCCCGGCCUCUGUGUUACUUUUUACGUAGCACGCGGUGUCUUUAUUUUGAUAUCCUUUUUGUAUUUGUCAUUGCUGCUAAAAAUAAAUGCCAUAGUCUAUGGACAUGUAUUUGGAAAUGGGCUAUUCACCAUGA